AUGCCUCAUCGCAUCCCAAAAUUACCCGGAGCCAAGCGUUCCGAGGUGCUUUGCAUGGGUGCUGCUGGUGUCGGUGUCCUCACACCUCUCUAUCUCGUCAUGCCUGGCGCCGAAGAAAGACUAGCACGCCAAACAGCCAAGUGGGCACCCAGAUGGGAGCGCAACAUCUCCUACUUUACUCCGCCUGUUGAACGCGCAGUACAGCGCAUUGAGCCUCCCAUUUCAAGAGCUGUCCAGCGAGUGGAUAACCGUCUGCCUCUCGAGAAAAUGGCCAAGAAGGUCGAUUCGAGCAUUCGAAACGGCAUUUCUAGAUUUGGUGGACCAAAGCCAUAG